UUUGCAGGUACGAUGGCUCGUGUCUUCGUCUACGGCACGCUGAAGAAGGGCCAGCCCAACUACAAGCACAUGAUCAAUACAGCCAAGGGGCUAGCGAAAUUCCAGGGAAGGGGCCGCACGGUGGAGAAGUACCCGCUAGUGAUUGCAGGAAAAUACAACGUCCCUUACAUGCUGAACAUCCCGGGGACAGGACACCACGUUGCUGGAGAGAUUUACUCGGUUGAUGACCAGAUGCUGCAGUUCCUGGAUGAGUUUGAAGGCUGCCCAGACAUGUACCAGCGUACCCUGAUGAGAAUCGAGGUGGUGGAGUGGGAAGGGAAGGGCGGCGCGGGCGAGGCGCGGGCAGCUGCCGAGGGCAUCGUGGAGUGCUUCGUGUACAGCACGACGACGUACCCGCCCGAGUGGGUUGGCCUCCCCUACCAUGACAGUUACGACUCCUCGGGGAAACACGGCCUCUCCUACGUCCUACGCGAAAGCCGGGAUUAGAAACGGGAGACGACGCAGCCUGGCCGAAGACGUAGUACUAAGCACGUGUCGAUUGGUAACCCUUCCAGGAAAGCUGUAAUACCUUUUAAUUAAGAAACAGGUAACCCUCCCAACCCAGGAGCCUUGGCGCUAGUGUUGAAGUCUUGUAGGCCCAGAGAUGGGGACUUGUCCCUGGCUAGUCCGUGUCCUCCUCGCCCCCGCUAACUUGCUGACAGUAACUGGGUUUGCAUGAGGUGUAAAAGAACUCUUAUCUGUGCACAUUGGUUUGGGGGUCUAAUUAUUUUCU